AGCCACCGCGGCGACUUGGCGGCGGGUGCCAUGCGCCUGGAGCUUCACGUUCUCUGCCCCCACCCACCGCGCCGGCGCUCUCUGGUCACGCCUUGGGAAGCGCGCACCUGCCAAGCAGGCAAGAAAGAACCCUCAAGUGGAAUUGCUGCUGGCAGUUGGUGCCACACCAGUGUUCUCAGAAUACACCCUGUCCUUUCCGAUUUCCUUCAUAUGAUGUAACCACCAACAGUCUCGGAGUAACAAGUCUUAAAUUCUGAUUCUCAGUCUGCUGAAGAUGAAUAGUCUGAUAUCAUGUGAGAUGAGGAAAUAAGAAGCUUUCUGCUGACUUCAUUGUGACCCAGGGUCCAAAAGGUGAUGUAAUCCUGUGGCAAGAAGAUUCAAAACUGUGAGCUAUCUUGCAAAAAAUACAAGAAGAUAUGGAAAGUUUUCAUGAAUGCCUACCACCUAAUCCCAAACACUGUCAUUCAUAUGCGCGUCAUUGAGCAAAUCUUUAUUGAGGAUCUAUAUGCCAGCAAUAUCUUUUGCUUGGGAGCAGAAACAGAAAGUACAUGGUGGAUUUCACUGAGGGUUAGAGAUUUGGAAGACAGGAAUGGAUGAAGAACCAAGUGCAUGAGGGCACCUAUCAGGAUUAUUGCUGAAAUCCUUAUGGAGGUUACUGGCUGAGAGGAAGGCAAGCGAGUGAGGACUGAUGGGCCCUUGGCACUGUGAGAACAGUGGAGGAGGAGGGAGCAGGGGUCAUAAGGAGGAGCACAAACAGAAAGUUCAGAAUAACACCAGAAUCUUCCAAAUACUUUCCCCAUAGGGUGAAAAGUAGAGAUGGGGUUUCACCAUGUUGCCCAGGCUAGUCUCAAACUCCUGAACUCAGGCAGUCUGCCUGCCUCGGCCUCCCAAAGUGCUAGGAUUACAGGUGCCUGCUUCCCCUUCACCUUCUACCAUGAUUGUAAGUUUCCGAAGGCCUCCCCAGACAUUUGGAACUGACAUGGAUUUGAUUGACAUACUUUGGAGGCAAGAUAUAGAUCUUGGAGUAAGUCGAGAAGUAUUUGACUUCAGUCAGCGACGGAAAGAGUAUGAGCUGGAAAAACAGAAAAAACUUGAAAAGGAAAGACAAGAACAACUCCAAAAGGAGCAAGAGAAAGCCUUUUUCGCUCAGUUACAACUAGAUGAAGAGACAGGUGAAUUUCUCCCAAUUCAGCCAGCCCAGCACAUCCAGUCAGAAACCAGUGGAUCUGCCAACUACUCCCAGGUUGCCCACAUUCCCAAAUCAGAUGCUUUGUACUUUGAUGACUGCAUGCAGCUUUUGGCGCAGACAUUCCCGUUUGUAGAUGACAAUGAGGUUUCUUCGGCUACGUUUCAGUCACUUGUUCCUGAUAUUCCCGGCCACAUCGAGAGCCCAGUCUUCAUUGCUACUAAUCAGGCUCAGUCGCCUGAAACUUCUGUUGCUCAGGUAGCCCCUGUUGAUUUAGACGGUAUGCAACAGGACAUUGAGCAAGUUUGGGAGGAGCUAUUAUCCAUUCCUGAGUUACAGUGUCUUAAUAUUGAAAAUGACAAGCUGGUUGAGACUACCAUGGUUCCAAGUCCAGAAGCCAAACUGACAGAAGUUGACAAUUAUCAUUUUUACUCAUCUAUAUCCUCAAUGGAAAAAGAAGUAGGUAACUGUAGUCCACAUUUUCUUAAUGCUUUUGAGGAUUCCUUCAGCAGCAUCCUCUCCACAGAAGACCCCAACCAGUUGACAGUGAACUCAUUAAAUUCAGAUGCCACAGUCAACACAGAUUUUGGUGAUGAAUUUUAUUCUGCUUUCAUAGCUGAGCCCAGUAUCAGCAACAGCAUGCCCUCACCUGCUACUUUAAGCCAUUCACUCUCUGAACUUCUAAAUGGGCCCAUUGAUGUUUCUGAUCUGUCACUUUGCAAAGCUUUUAACCAAAACCACCCUGAAAGCACAACAGAAUUCAAUGAUUCUGACUCUGGCAUUUCACUGAACACAAGUCCCAGUGUGGCAUCACCAGAACACUCAGUGGAAUCUUCCAGCUAUGGAGACACACUACUUGGCCUCAGUGAUUCUGAAGUGGAAGAGCUAGAUAGUGCCCCUGGAAGUGUCAAACAGAAUGGUCCUAAAACACAACCAGUACAUUCUUCUGGGGAUACGGUACAACCCUUGUCACCAUCUCAGGGGCAGAGCACUCCCGUGCAUGAUGCCCAAUGUGAGAACACACCAGAGAAAGAAUUGCCUGUAAGUCCUGGUCAUGGAAAAACCCCAUUCACAAAAGACAAACAUUCAAGCCGCUUGGAGGCUCAUCUCACAAGAGAUGAACUUAGGGCAAAAGCUCUCCAUAUCCCAUUCCCCGUAGAAAAAAUCAUUAACCUCCCUGUUGUUGACUUCAACGAAAUGAUGUCCAAAGAGCAGUUCAAUGAAGCUCAACUUGCAUUAAUUCGAGAUAUACGUAGGAGGGGUAAGAAUAAAGUGGCUGCUCAGAAUUGUAGAAAAAGAAAACUGGAAAAUAUAGUAGAACUAGAGCAAGAUUUAGAUCAUUUGAAAGAUGAAAAAGAAAAAUUGCUCAAAGAAAAAGGAGAAAAUGACAAAAGCCUUCACCUACUGAAAAAACAACUCAGCACCUUGUAUCUCGAAGUUUUCAGCAUGCUGCGUGAUGAAGAUGGAAAGCCUUAUUCUCCUAGUGAAUACUCCCUGCAGCAAACAAGAGAUGGCAAUGUUUUCCUUGUUCCCAAAAGUAAGAAGCCAGAUGUUAAGAAAAACUAGAUUUAGGAGGAUUUGACCUUUUCUGAGCUAGUUUUUUUGUACUAUUAUACUAAAAGCUCCUACUGUGAUGUGAAAUGCUCAUACUUUAUAAGUAAUUCUAUGCAAAAUUAUAGCCAAAACUAGUAUAGGAAAUAAUAUGAAACUUUAAAAAGCAUUGGAGUGUCAGUACGUUGAAUCAGUAGUUUCACUUUAACUAUAAACAAUUUCGUAGGACACCAUUUGGGCUAGUUUCUGUGUAAGUGUAAAUACUACAAAAACUUAUUUAUACUGUUCUUAUGUCAUUUGUUAUAUUCAUAGAUUUAUAUGAUGAUAUGACAUCUGGCUAAAAGCAAAUUAUUGCAAAACUAACCACUAUGUACUUUUUUAUAAAUACUGUAUGGACAAAAAAAUGGCAUUUUUUAUAUUAAAUUGUUUAGCUCUGGCAAAAAACAAUUUUAAGAGCUGGUACUAAUAAAGGAUUAUUAUGACUGUUAAAUUA